GUUAAUAUAUGUAUGUUCAGAGAUAAGACAUUUAAUGUUUCAUUGGUAAUAUGUUUUCUCUUGAACCAUCUGUUUUCAAAUAUCAGAACCUUAACACAUGCUAAUGAACGAUUGGCAAGAGACAUAUAUGCAUACUUGUAUAGAAUUGACUAAAAAAAUGUGUUUCUUUAAAUUAUUUGCAGUAUGUUGCAAUUGCUUGCAUUUUUAUGAAAUGUAUAAUUUUAAAUAAUGGUCUAAUAUGUUUGUUAUUGACGUAGAAAACAUAAUUUGUCCACAUCAAUUAUUAGUUAUUACUAUACAGAGUAAUUGUUCAGUGUUAAAAGUUUAACUUGUCUUCCUGGUAAAUGUUGUACAAAAGAGACAUUUCAUAUAAAAUAAACAAUUUAUAAAUAAUGUGCGUACAUAAAUAUAUGAUUCCAAUAUAUGUGAUGCACGCGUGGAAAAACAAAAUAUGCCUCAAGAAACAUUUGAUCUAGAUUUGCGAGUUUCGCGCUGGAAUAAAAAAGCUAUGUGCUAUUUGGAUCCGCCGGAAGUGGAGGAAGAAGGGAGAGUGACCUACGGAGGACGUCCUACGAGUUGCGCGCGCAUCCCUUAAGAAUACUGUCACACGGAACACGCACGAUGCAGACCGACGAAGAGAUUCAGUACGCGCCGAGAAGCCGGCCGGUGAGCUUUUACGACAAUUACAAGGACGUGUCGGUGAUGCCGCCUUGCGUCACGUCCACCAUGAGCGUGGGCAAUUUGAACCAGGUCCGUGAUGGCAAUGACACGUCCACUGUAUCUCAGAGCAACAACAAUAAUAACAGUAGCAACAAUAACAACAACAGGGUCAGUAACGCCGUUAGCGCGGGGAACGUAUCGAAGAUUCACACUGCCAAAGUCACGGGUGCAGUGUCGACCGGGAACAUCGGGCGUAUUUGCCGCGGCGACAAAGAGAAAGAGCUCGAUCGGGCACCAUCAAUGGCCAACUGUCUGUCAACCACGGUUCCUGUCAAUCUGGCAGCUUCUCAAAUAGCCGGUCGACAUACGCCCACGAGAAAUUCUCUGAGGCAUAGCAGAAUGAUCGUAAUGCAUCGGACCGGCCAUCGCCCAGAGAAGUUUUUACCUCCUUUGAUCUACCAUCGACAAUUAGCCGGAUGUCUGGCAGCAUUGCAGGCUAUCCUCGGUGCCGCGGUGAUGUCCUUGUCGUUAUGGUUGCUGCUUUGGGCACCACACCUGCCUAUCAUAGACAAUCCGUUCUGGAGCGCCAUGCCCCUCUUGAUGUCCGGGAGCUUCGGAAUUUGCCUCCUAUGGUGUUUUAAAAAGAGAUAUUCAAUUUUGACCUCUGGAUUUUGUCUUUCUGCUGCAAAGGUAGUUAGCGUGUUUUUGGCGGUUUUGGCAACCAUUGCGUGUAUGAGUGCUUGCGUAUUCUCCGCGAUACACUUGUCACGUCUCAUGGGACUGGAAUGCACUCCGGCACGAGUAUUGAAUGCCACGUGUGUGUGCAGACCACGCGGCGAAUCACCUGAUUCGCUCGAAGGUGCCGUCAGGUACAUAGACCUUAAUUGUCCCGAAGUAGAAAGUAUCCUGACGAUCCUCCUCAUCUUCUCGUGCACUUGCAACGGAUUAGGUGCCUUGGUGGCAGGAUGGUAUAGUUAUCUCCAUUGGAGCACGCGAUACCAAAGGCCAAAGUAUACGAAAGUCAGAACAAAUACCAUUUCUAUGAACAAUAAAUUCAGCAAUAGACCAAUCUACAAAUUGAACCUGGAGGAACGAUGACGCUUGCAGGUGUUAUAAUAAUUAAUGAUGUUAAAACGCUUUCAUUUUGCCGUGAUCCAUCAACAUCUUCCAUAUGAUACGUUGUGAUCAAUUUAUACAUACAUAUUCAUAAAGAAAUACGAACUACUGCAAAUAAAUUCAGGAACUAUUUGUUACACAUUUACAUUGUCUAUACACUGAUGCACAAAAAAAUUAAUAAGUAACCUUUACGAAGAUAUGAGCAGAAAAACUUUGUUCAACAAGCUACAAUUGUCAUUUUAGUAUUAAUAAUUUUACAAUUUUAUGAAUAAACGAGGAUUAUAUAAGUGUAUAUUUAUUAUUAAUAAU